AUGCCCUACAUUUCGAAUUCGUUGGAAUGGAUACCAAUUCUCAUCGAAUGGCAGGCAGAGAAUUAUCUUGUUGUGUCACUUCUUACCGUGGUGUCAUAUGAUUACCUGCUCAGCCUAAGCCAAGAGAAAACUUCUUUGGCUAAAUUGGAUCAGGAGGAGCUUAUAUGGAAACGUGGACUAUCUCUGCUGACAUGUCUUUACGUCUUUCUUCGAUAUGUUGGCAUCCUCGUUCCCAUGUAUGUUAUGAAGCAGACAAUUCACUUCAUGAUUGCUAAUGCUCCAUCUAUCCCAUCUCUUCAUCAGAACAUAUCUUGGUUGGUGUCUUUCCAGCUUUCAUUCUACACAAGAUUAAUUCCUACAUACGGGAAUGUCUCCCAAGAGGCAAUUCUGUUGGGCAUUCGAGGAUGUGCAACUCUUAAUCAGCCGAACCCGCUGUCUUGGAUUUGGCUAAUCCUCUCAAAUGGAAGAUUGAAGGGGUUAAUCGUGUUGUUGUUGGGGCAGGGUAUAUUCUAUUUUAUAUGGCUCUUUACUGAUGAGAUUCUGUCUAUAUCAUAUGGCUUAUUAAGUUUGGGGACUACGACAGAAAACACCCUUGCUGCUAUCACUUUGGCCAUGGAAAUAGGGAUAAUUUGCAUGAUGGGGCCAUGGCUAAUCCUAUCCAUUCGCCAGAACCAUCUAACCCGUCUGAAUGGAGAGUCGACGCAGACUACGGGGCACACAGUCAGCACCGUCGCGUUCGAAAAUCCGCCAUCGACUUUGAACGGGCCAGAUAUCCCCACAAACGAAGAUAUUUCUCAGAUGGAACGCAGUGAACCUUGA